UGGCAGCUACAAUCACUCAAUCAAUUUAUACUUUUUCAAUCGGUCAAAUCUACUUACUGUGUGUUUGAAUAAUUCGUGCAGAUUUAUCUUAUCUAUUGUUUGUCUCGGUCAUUGUAUGGUCAUUGCGUUAGCUGGCGGCACUUUCUCUCAAUCGUUUGCAAUUAAAGUGUCGAAUUAUUUUCAUAUUGUUCUUCAAUAGAAUUUUCUUAUUUAAUACAAAAAAAAAAAAGAAAAAAAAAAUUUGAGGAGCGUCUUUAAGCCUUAACCAAAAUGAUGCUGUUCGAUAUUAAAAUGUGCCGUUUCGAUAACGCGCCCUGGGGCUUUCGUUUGGUCGGUGGUUCGGAUUUCGAAUUUCCACUUACCGUGAUUAAGGUCAACGAAGGCAGCUUAGCAGAGGAGGCAGGCCUUAGAGCUGGUGAUGUAAUAGUGCGUAUUAAUGAUACGGCCACUCUUCCACUAACGCAUGAAGAGACCGACAAACUCAUUAGAAGUUGCGGAAAUGUAUUCUUUUUGGGAAUUUCGAGGGAGGAUGAAGUCGAGGAAGUUUUAGAGAAUGAAAUGCAACUUUCCGCUACGAAUGAAUAUGCAGUGCAGUCGGAAGCAAAAUCAUUACUUGAAGUGCCUGACGUGAUCGCAACUGUCCACCAUGAAUCGGAUAAUGAAUAUUUGUCUGAACAGGACGAUAGACCGUGCUCCGCACUAUCGGAGGAUACUGAACGUAAAAUGGUGGAAGAAGAGAUUGCUGCGGUUUUAUCGGGGGAGACGCAAAUGCUUUCCGAUCACAAUGUGAUGGGAGUUAAUUUCUAUAGGCUGUUCCCCAAACCAGGCGUGUGCCUGGCAAGCGAUGUCUUACGCACUCUUAACGAGGAGGCUACCAAAACAAAGGCCGAAAAAGACAAAGAAAAUCGUAAGUGGACGACGUUCCUGCAGAAGCCCAAUAGACCCAUACCAAAAAGCAAGGAACAAAUUGAAGCGGAACGGCGGGCUGCUAACGCUUACAAAGUAACAAUUGUUAAAUCGGCACCAAGAAGCCGCUCGGUGACACCACAGCCUCCGGCUCGUAACGCGGAAGAUAAUCAGCAAGCAAAAGAGCAAUCACCAACUAAAGAAAGUCAGUCGAAACAAGAAAGCCAGGCAGAACCAGAGCCCGAGCCAGAACCGGAGAUACCUACUCCAGUCGAUUCCGAAAUACCUAAUUUAGAAGAAAUGCUAACCAAUAUUGAAAACGCCCCGGAAGAAAAUCAAGUUGAACGAGCCGAAGACGUGGAAAAAUCGGACGAAGAAAAAGAGUUCGUUGCUGAAACAAAAGACGAUCUUGAAGACGAGCAGAUAGCCGUAGCGGAAAACGCUUGCGACACUUUAAAUCUUGAUGUAACAGCUAGCGAUGGAGUGGAAUCGGAAAUCUGCCAGGAGUCGUCUAGCGCUAAGAAAAGCGAACAAGAGUUAGAAUUGGAACGUCAAUUAGCUGAUGUGCAAAAACAAUUGGCCGCGUUAUCAAAUCUGCCAAGUACCAUACAAGCCACUCUCGAUGCCGUUAGCCGUCAAUUGACCGAUUUACUGCCAGCGAUUCGACUGCAACAAGAAUCUCAUCAAUUAGAGCAAAAAGUAUCGCAUCGCAGUGGUGCAGAGGGUGAGACGCGUGCAAUUAAUUUAGAAAAAAUCGACGAAACAAAUAGAGAGCAAGAUGAAGUAACAAUACCGAGUCAAGAUCGUGAACACGAAGCAAAUAAGGAUAUUAAACAAAAUGUCAAUGUAGCUGAAAACGAGUCAUUCGCUGAGUAUGAGCAAAGGCAACGGCAACGGCAACAAGAAAGACAAGGGGACAAUAAUGCAACUGAACAAAUUGCGAAUAGCGAUACUAAUGAAGUGCGUGAUACAAUUGACAACAAUUCAAUUAAGCAACGGGAAACUAAACUCAGCCAUGACGACGAAGACUAUCAAUUGGAUGAAGAGCAGAAAUUGAAAAAACAAAAGAAACACGAUGUCAUUGAGGAGCUCGAAGAACAUUUGGACCGUAAAAAUAAUCCGAAACGUUCGAAGCGCGCCUUUGGCCCAUUAACGCCAUCAUCUGAGCGUCCACUUGUGCUGCCCGGUGGUCGACGCUGGUACCGUCCCAAGGAUGCCUAUAAUGAUGAAUUUAUAGCGGAAACAUUAAGUGCACAAGCCGAACUUAUAACUGGCACUACAUUGGGAGUCAAUUUUAUGAAGUAUCAGAAGCCAGAAAGGAAAAUCGACUUGAAUAGAAGCGAAGUUUACAAAGUAAUUCAUCAUUUGGAUCGACAGCCAGUGCGCGGCAUUGAAGUACGGCCACCCGUUGUGCCAGCUGAGGCGGAUGUAAGAAAGGCGGUGCAUUCUUAGAAACCAACGCUCAUAUAUACAUACAAAUAUAACAACAUUCACUAUUAUUUUUGUAUGUGCAUUAGUUUGAUAUAUAUAUAUAUAUAUGUAUAUAUAUAUAUAUUAUCUACAUAUAUAAUAUAUAUAUACUACGAAAUGAAUGAUUGUGUACAUACUUGACUUGAAACGUUUGCCUGGAUGAGCUGGUUUUGGUGUUGGCCGUUGGUAUUAGUUGGCAGUUUGUUCUUCUUUUAAUUUCGCCAAGCUGCCGUGAAACGAAGAAAAAAGGAGCAACAGCAACAGCAAUAGCAAUAA